AUGUUUCAGGAAGCGGCCGUGCACAGCUCUCCCUACUUCCGUUUCCGCUCGUCUCCUGUGGAGGAGCAGGUGUUUUGUCCCCGUGUGCAACUGGCAAAUGGAAGCAACAGGUGUGAGGGCAGAGUGGAGGUGCUCUCCUUCGGCGUGUGGGGCACAGUGUGUGACGACGACUGGGACAUGGUGAACGCUUACGUGGUGUGUAGGCAGCUGGACUGCGGGAUGGCCGUGGAGAUCAGCAACAGCUCCAGAUUUGGACCAGGCUUGGGGCUCAUAGCGCUGGACGACGUGGACUGCAGAGGACAUGAAGCAGACCUCAGCCAGUGUGGAAGUCCGGGCUGGGGCAUUCACAACUGUCAACACGAUGAGGAUGUGGGCCUCACCUGCACAGCAGAGACACCGUUUCAAGUGCAAUUGGUGAAUGGAAGCAACAGGUGUGAGGGCAGAGUGGAGGUGCUCUCCUCCGGCGUGUGGGGCACAGUGUGUGACGACGACUGGGACAUGGUGAACGCUAACGUGGUGUGUAGGCAGCUGGACUGCGGGAUGGCCGUGGAGAUCAGCAACAGCUCCAGAUUUGGACCAGGCUUGGGGCUCAUAGCGCUGGACGACGUGGACUGCAGAGGACAUGAAGCAGACCUCAGCCAGUGCAGGAGUCUGGGCUGGGGCAUUCACAACUGUCACCACGAUGAGGAUGUGAGCCUCAUCUGCAGAGUGCAACUGGCGAAUGGAAGCAACAGGUGUGAGGGCAGAGUGGAGGUGCUCUCCUCCGGCGUGUGGGGCACAGUGUGUGACGACGACUGGGACAUGGUGAACUCUAACGUGGUGUGUAGGCAGCUGGACUGCGGGAUGGCCGUGGAGAUCAGCCACAGCUCCAGAUUUGGACCAGGCUUGGGGCUCAUAGCGCUGGACGACGUGGACUGCAGAGGACAUGAAGCAGACCUCAACCAGUGUGGAAGUCAGGGCUGGGGCAUUCACAACUGUAACCACAGUGAGGAUGUGGGCCUCACCUGCAGAGUGCAACUAGCGAAUGGACGCAACAGGUGUGAGGGCAGAGUGGAGGUGCUCUCCUUCGGCGUGUGGGGCACAGUGUGUGACGACGGAUGGGACAUGGUGGACGCUAACGUGGUCUGUAGGCAGCUGGACUGCGGAGUGGCCGUGGAGAUAGGCGACAGCUCCAGAUUUGGACCAGGCUUGGGGCUCAUAGCGCUGGACGAGGUUGACUGCAAAGGACAUGAAGCAGACCUCAGCCAGUGUGGAAGUCCGGGCUGGGGCAUUCACAACUGUCAACACGAUGAGGAUGUGGGCGUCACCUGCACAGCGGGAUGA